UUUUGUGCAUCUUUAAAAAACUUUAGCAGCCUUUGAUGAUGCGGUGGAGGAACGUGUGAUCAAUGAGGAAUAUAAAAUUUGGAAAAAGAACACUCCUUUCCUGUAUGAUCUGGUAAUGACCCAUGCUCUGGAGUGGCCCAGCUUGACUGCUCAGUGGCUUCCUGAUGUAACAAGACCAGAAGGCAAAGAUUUCAGUAUUCACCGGCUAGUCCUGGGGACCCACACUUCAGAUGAACAAAACCAUCUUGUGAUAGCCAGUGUUCAGCUGCCCAAUGAUGAUGCACAGUUUGAUGCUUCACACUAUGAUAGUGAGAAAGGAGAGUUUGGAGGCUUUGGCUCUGUUAGUGGGAAAAUCGAAAUUGAAAUCAAGAUCAACCAUGAAGGAGAAGUGAACAGAGCACGCUACAUGCCCCAGAAUCCCUGCAUCAUUGCUACAAAGACUCCAUCCAGUGAUGUCUUAGUCUUUGACUAUACCAAACACCCCUCUAAACCAGACCCUUCUGGAGAGUGUAAUCCUGAUCUCCGUCUUCGUGGACACCAAAAGGAAGGCUAUGGACUGUCGUGGAACCCAAAUCUGAGUGGGCAUUUGCUCAGUGCUUCUGAUGAUCAUAUACACUUUUUCUUUAAGACCAUCUGCUUGUGGGAUAUUAGCGCUGUUCCGAAGGAAGGUAAAGUGGUGGAUGCAAAGACCAUCUUUACAGGGCAUACAGCAGUAGUGGAAGAUGUAUCUUGGCACCUGCUCCAUGAAUCCCUCUUUGGAUCUGUUGCUGAUGAUCAGAAGCUCAUGAUUUGGGACACCCGAUCAAACAACACCUCCAAACCCAGCCACUCUGUGGAUGCUCACACAGCUGAAGUGAAUUGCCUUUCUUUCAAUCCCUAUAGUGAGUUUAUUCUGGCCACAGGAUCUGCUGAUAAGACUGUUGCUUUAUGGGAUCUUAGAAACCUAAAACUGAAGCUGCACUCAUUUGAAUCGCAUAAAGACGAAAUAUUUCAGGUUCAGUGGUCUCCUCAUAAUGAAACCAUUUUGGCCUCCAGUGGUACUGACCGUAGGCUAAAUGUGUGGGACUUGAGUAAAAUUGGGGAAGAGCAGUCCCCUGAAGAUGCAGAGGAUGGCCCACCAGAGCUGUUGUUUAUUCAUGGUGGUCACACUGCAAAAAUAUCAGAUUUCUCCUGGAAUCCCAAUGAACCCUGGGUAAUUUGUUCUGUAUCAGAAGACAAUAUUAUGCAAGUCUGGCAAAUGGCUGAGAACAUAUAUAAUGAUGAAGAUCCUGAAGGAAGUGUGGAUCCAGAAGGUCAAGGGUCCUAGAUGACUGACCUUACACUGUUUUUAGUCCUCGUCCCCUCCUCCCCCUUCCCUUCCAGCUCUGAUAUUGAUUUGACACUGGUUUUGAGACAUACAUAGACUGUGUUCAGCCUUCCCUAUGUAGAUACCAUCAACCGUGCUUUUAAUUCCCAACAGUGAGUAUUCUAACUUAAGGGCUUGGCCCAAAUGACCUGGUACCGUGCUAUAGCUCCUUGUUUAAAUUUCCUACAGCAGCUUAUUGUGUAUAAAGCUGGACAAAGAUGCCUUGAAGAAGUGGGGAUGGGAGCUUUCUCUUUUUGCUGCUUAAAUGCUACAGCUGCAGGCUAACUUUUCUGGCUAACUUUCAAGGUUUGAGGGGUAGAGCCACAUAAUUGUGUACCUGAGAUGAUGGCAAGGGGUUUUAAUCUUUGGGCAGUUACAUGGAGUCUCUUGUCCUCUUCUUGAUAAGAGAAUAUUGGGAUUUUUAGUCUGUGCGCCAGUAUUUUCAAGUGCAGAUUCUGACUUGAACCAGCACUAGAAAUCUUUCCUUAAUUCUGGAUUUUCACUGUCUCCUGCCCACCCCUUCUGGUGGGCAACACAGAAUUUUGGAUAUUGUAGCUAUUCCUGCGGAUCAUUGUUCACCACCCAAGUAGUUUGGUCUGUUGUGUGUUCUUGAGCUGUGUUUUCAUAUAUUUUCUUUCCUUUCUGUGAAAUGGUUUUUAAAACUUGGGACCACCAAGUUGUAAAAUUGUAUGUUUUUACCUGACUGAUGUACCACAGGUGGCAUGUCCAGUAAUCUGAAAACACCAUUGGUAGCUGGUAUAUGUAAAAAUAUUAACGAAAUGUGGAUGAAUUUCAUUUUUUUUUAAGGAAUUAGUCCUUGACCACUAGCUUCUGCACAUCUCUCAGUAGGCUGUUAUUCUCCAUGACUAAUUAUGUGUAAGUGCUUCAGAUGGAAUAAAUUGGUUUUCUACAUAAAC